AUGACCCCCGGCCGCCGAUCCUCCAGCCCUGCCCUUGCCUGUGUCCUGCUGCUCCUGCUGCUGUGUGGCCCUGCGCUGGCCUCAGAGAUUGUGGGUGGCCAGCCAGCCCGGCCGCACGCGUGGCCCUUCAUGGUGUCCCUGCAGCGGCGCGGAGGUCACUUCUGCGGGGCCACCCUGAUCGCCCGGAACUUCGUCAUGUCGGCGGCCCACUGCGUGAACGGCUUAAACUUCCGGUCGGUGCAGGUGGUGCUGGGUGCGCACAACCUGCGGCAGCAGGAGCCCACCCGGCAGAUGUUCUCCGUCCAGCGGAUCUUUGAAAACGGCUUCGACCCGUCGCGCUUGCUAAACGACAUCGUGAUCCUCCAGCUCAAUGGGUCUGCCACCAUCAACGCCAAUGUGCAGGUGGCCCGGUUGCCAGCCCAGGAUGAAGGUGUGGGCAACGGGACACGGUGCCUGGCCAUGGGCUGGGGCCGGCUGGGCACGAACAGGCCAGCGCCCAACGUCCUGCAGCAGCUCAAUGUGACCGUGGUGACGUCCCUCUGCCGCCGUACCAACGUGUGCACACUGGUGCGGCGCAGGCAGGCUGGCAUCUGCUUCGGGGACUCUGGCGGCCCCCUGGUCUGCAACGGGCUGGUCUACGGAAUUGACUCCUUCAUCCGAGGAGGCUGUGGCUCUGGGUUCUACCCAGACGCCUUCGCUCCAGUGGCACAGUUUGCAAACUGGAUCAACUCCAUCAUCGGCCGCCAGGAUGACGGCCCCCCUCCCCACCCCAGGGACCCUGCUAGCAGGACCUUCUAA